UUUCUUGAAUCAGGGAGAAGGAGGAAGGUCUCCCGAAUUACUGUAUUACUUUUGGCAGAAUAAACGGUGCAUUGUUGCAACAAGAGAGGAUGACACCCUUGGCCGACUAGUGAACGAUGAGCACAAGGACCUCAACUGUAAAAUGAAAAAGAUCAUUGUCCAGGGAAAACCGCAUCUCUGCGUUUUUGUGAUGAGAGAUAUAAUGCCUGGAGAGAAAAUAACCUACGACUGUGGAGGAAGUGACUGGCAUCGGAGGAGAAAGCCUGCACAUAAGGACACUGCUAACAUCAAGGACAAUGUUGAACCAAGCCGCUCGGCUUCAGGUCCUGUGACCAAUGCUGGAGCUUCCACUUCUGACUUAAAGCCUCUAUGUGAGGACACUGCUAACAUGAUGGAUGUGGUUGAAUCAAUCCGCUCAGCGUCAAGUCCUGUGACCAACACAGGAUCUUUUUCUUCUGGCUUAAAGCCUGCAUGUGAGGACACUACUAACAUGAUGGACGACGUUGAACCAAGCCACUCAACUUUAGGUCCUCUGACCAACACUGGAGCUUCCUCUUCUGACUUAAAGCCUGAAUGUGAGGACGCUGCUAACGUGAUGGCCAUAUUUGAAUCAAGCCACUCAGCUUCAGGUCCUGUGACCAACGCUGGAGCUUCCUGUACUGUCUUAAAGGUAUUUAAAAGAGAGUGUGAUGCACCUUUGUCCUUACAACAAGUCAGUGCAGGGCAAGAUGACGGUGAGACAGGCCAAUUGCCGAGGUCAAUUGAAAGAGAGGUCCCUGUAAGAGAACACCCUGGAGCGUUAAUGAAAUCCGUGCUGUGGACAAGCACAUGAUGAGGUUCAUUCAAAGCUGGAAAGUUCCAGGAAAAGCUGACUGUGUUCGCUGUAUAGAAGCUGAACCACUGGCACUUAAAAACAGCGACUGGUUAGCUGUCAAGUUCUAUGUAAAAAAAUCUAAUUACAGCAUUGCAGAGACAGGUUUAAGACUUGGUCAACACAUACACUAUAUUGCCAAAAGUAUUCGCUCGUCUGCCUUCACACAUA